AGAAAAAGCUGCUCUUUACUAGAACAUCUCAAUGGAUGUGAACCAGGACACAAAUAUCAUGGAGAAAAUUCUACGUAUUAAGGAGGAUGACUGUGAGUGGGAGUCCAUCUACCUUAAACAGGAAAGUCUGAGCAUCAAGGAGGAGGACAGUGAACUGCAGUCAGUGAGCAUUAAAGAAGAACCUGAAGAGAAGUCUGUCAGUAUUGAGACACAUAGCCAUGUAAAAGAAGACAACUGUCAUGAUGGGUUUCAAGAUGGAGUGGUGACCAGGUUAGACUCUUCUCAGAGCAGACACUGUUCAUCUCCAGAGCCUUCUAUCAAUGUGAAGUCUGAACCAAAAAGGGCUGAGGAAACUACAUCUGUUAGAGCGCAGAAAAAUAAGCGACCACCUUCAAAGAAGUCUGGAAAAAGAAAAAAAGAUCACUGCAGUGUGGAAUGUGGCAGAGAAUUCUCUAACAGGAGUGCUCUUCAGAAACACACGAGAGUUCACACGGGAAAGAAGCCAUAUUGCUGUAAUGAAUGUGGUAAUCAGUUUUCACGAAGAGGAGAUCUUCAGAUACACACAAGAGUUCACACCGGAGAGAAGCCAUAUUGCUGUAAUGAAUGUGGUAAACAGUUUUCACAAAAAAGCAAUCUUCAAAGACACAUGAAAGUUCACACUGGAGAGAAGCCAUAUUGCUGUAAUCAAUGUGAUAAACAGUUUUCAUAUAUGAACAGUCUGAAGAACCACACCAGAGUUCACACCGGAGAGAAGCCUUAUUGCUGUAAUGAAAAUGGUAAACAGUUUUCACAAAUGUUCUUCAGAGACACACUAGAUUUCACGCCAGAAUAA